AUGGUCUAUGACUUUUCUUCUUUCAUGGUAGAUAAUGUGAUAAACUGUCUAGACACUGGAACGUGGUUCCUUGUUAAGAUAAUUCUCUGUAGAGACUACAGUCUCAAAUACGAAUACAUUGACCAAAGACUGGUUGGUCAAAUAGGCACAAAGUGGGAAUGUCUUUUCCCUGCACUUGGUACUUCAAAGGGGCUUUUCUUUUGGGAGAUCCUAUUUUUUGGGGGGGGAGAAUGGGCCCUCCUUAUAUACAUUUUGUGUGGGAAUAUUAUAAUACUUGCAGGAGUAUCUGUGGAGCCAUAUGACAUCAUUAUGACAUCAUACCCUGUAGCCAAAGUGAAUAAGCCAAAGGCAAGGCAAUACCUUAACCUUCUUGCUUCACAAUAUCACUAGGUCUUAUGUGAUUCCCACCUCACAAAUGACUUUUCUUCAAGAUAUAAUAAAUUCAUGAAUCACAGAGGGGAAACUGAACUAUAUGACCAAGGUUUGAAA